CCUAGGAGCACAAGCAAGAACAAUGCCAAGACUCACCAUGACCCUCAUGUUCAAACUGCUGCUGUGCCUUGGACUGAGUGUGGGACAGAAGACUGCAGGCCUGGCAGGAAUCCUCCCAAAGCCCCAAAUCUGGGCUCAUCCACACUCUGUGACUGACUUAUAUGCACCUGUGACUAUUUGGUGUCAGGGUUCCUGGGAGGCCAAGGAGUACUAUAUGCAUAAAGAAGGAAUCUCAGAUCCUUGGGACCGACAAUCUCCUCUGGAACGCUCAGACAAGGUUAAGUUCAUCAUCCAAUACAUGACAGAGGCCUUUGCAGGGAUAUAUACGUGUUACUAUAAGAGCCCUGCUGGCUUGUCAGAACACAGUGACACCCUGGAACUGGUGCUAACAGGAGCCUAUUAUAAACCAAGCCUGUCUGUUUGGCCCAGCCCUGCUGUGACCUCAGGAGAGACCAUAACCAUGCAGUGUAGCUCAUCACUGGGAUUUGGCAGAUUCAUUCUGAUCCAGGAAGGAAAGCACCACCUCUCAUGGACCCUGGACUCACAGAAGAAUUCCACCUCAGAAUUCCAGGCUCUUUUUGUUCUGGACCCUGUAACUACCAUCCACAAUGGGACAUUCAGAUGCUAUGGCUAUUUUAGGAACCAUCCCCAGUUGUGGUCAAAAUCAAGUGACCCCAUUCAACUCCUUGUCUCAGUAUCCAAGGAUCAGCCUCCCACCCACACUGAUAGUGGAUUGGGAAGGUACCAGAAGGUUCUGAUUGGAGUCAUGGUCACCCUCCUCCUGCUUUUCUUCCUCCUUAUUCUUCUCAUCCUCUUCCGAUAUCAGUGUAAAGGCAAAGAGAAGAAGGCAGUUCAUGCAGACCAAAGGGAGACCAACUUGCAACUUAUUGAGGGGGAUACAGACCCAACAGCCACGGAUAGACUCCCUCAGAAGAGAUCCAGCCCAGAUGCUGCCAUCAAGGAAGAAAAUCAGUAUGUUUCUGUGAUGGACCCAGAACCUGAGGAAAGUGUAGAGCUGGACAGUUGGAACCCACCUGAUGAAGAACGCCAGAGAAUUGUGUAUGCCCAAGUGAAACCCUCCAGGCUUCAUAAAGCAGGGAGUACCUCUCCUUUCCCACUUUCAGGAAAAGUAUUGGACAUGAAGAAUAAUCAAUCAGGAGAGAACAGAGAGAUAUACCCUCAGGCUACUACAUCCAAGGAAUCCCAGGAUGUGACCUAUGCCCAGUUAUGUAGAAGGACACUGGAAAAGGACAACAGCUAAAACCAGUAAGAAGGCGUAACAGAAAGAAGACUCUAACCCCACAUUCUGUAGACAGAAACUAAGGACAUCUGAGAUAAUAUUUGUUUCUAGUGCACUCCGUAUAAUGAAUGCCAGCCAUCAUGCAUACCUCAUGUAUCAUCUGAAGACUCUCAGAACUUUGUGGACCCUCUUGAUUAUUUGGUCAGAGGUAACCAAUGUCCUUACAUUUUGUAAAUAAAGCCAAUCCUUCUCAAUAAGCAAUUAGUGAGAUGAGAAAAAAAAUGAAGUGAGAAAAUGUUGUGACUUGAAUGACAAUGUAACCAGGACACAUUGAUCUAGGAAACUUGAACUUUCAGAACCAUGA